GGAAAGUAUGUGUUGUGUUUGUUAUUAUUUGCGGGAAAUCUUCCCAAAGUUGGAGUACAGAAAUAUUGACCAUGCCGAAAAGGAUGCAAUCUACAGGUUUGACUACAAGAGUCUGUUCCGACAGGGACGGGUCACACGAAAAGGAAAGCAUUCGACCCGACACAUCAACAUUGAAGAAUAAAAUGUACUGGAGUAAAGUAAAAAAUUCAAUUCAAACCUCUGCGCAACCGGCAAUACAUUCUAACAGACUGCAUGUAGGGCAAAGACAUCGCUCAGAGACUGACGAUAUAUUAGAAUCUGUUAUUAAAAAAAUGAAGACUGAAUUUAAUGGACCUGGAAUAGGUCAAUAUAAAAAAAAUAUACAAUAUCAUCUUGAUUGUGUUUCACGUAGAGAUAAAGAUGUUAUCAAAGUAUAUGAUAAAAUGGAUGCCAAGGCUGCUGCUGUUGAGUGUGUCAACAAUAGCAUUAUUGCUUCACAAAAAGGUAAAGGUUUCUUUGCGUCUCGUCUCAAACCUUAUAGGAGCUUAGGGUCCCCAGAACUAGACCCCAUACAGCUAACAUUGAAAGAGUUUAGUGGCAAAAGAAGAUAUAAAUUCCAAAAUGCGAUGGACACAAAAGCAGACAGAGCUGUUCGAGAGUGGGUUGGCCCAAAAGUCGAUAAAAGUAAACUAGCAAUAACAGAAGAGAUUCCAAAAUUCACUCAAUGCAACAUAUCAGAAAAUGAUGAUGGAAAAAGGUCAUGGGACGAAUACAAAAAAGUCAAAAAGUUAAAACGAGCAGGAAUGGAUACUAUCUGUGAUCUACUAAACGAAUCAGCCCAAAGAAUAAAUGCAGUCAGGGCUGGCCAGCCUUAUGGCAAUGUGUUGAAAAAAGACAUCAAAGAGCGAGAAAAUGUAAUACCAAUUAUUAAAAGUGGAGAACAAAAAGACAUGGUCAUCAUUCCAAUAACAAAAUCAGAUGAACUGAAUGCAAGUAACCAUUUUGCCGCAAGACAACAAACUAAACUGAAGAGUGUCAGAGAGCCAAUUCUCAUGGGAUCAACAGCAGUUAAGCAAGGAAGUGGACCUGUUAAUUUGAACGUUCUAACUAAAGUCAUGAGGAUAACAGGGAAGAUGAAGCAGAAAUCUAUGCAGUUAAAACAACAGAACUUGAAGUCGAGUACUGAUGCCUUGGUAAAGUAUAAAGCCAUUUAUACAGUUAUUUGUGGCGUUCUUAACGUCAGAACAAGGGAUCUUAAGAAACGCAGUCCAUUGCGUAGUGAUGUUGUGAAACAGUAUUUGAAACAUCCAAAUGCAGAGAGAAUCGCGCGCAUCAACUUUGAUCCGUUUCCAAGAAAUCGUAGAGGGAUGGCGACUGGUGACUCAGAUAGUAGUGAAGAUCUGGAUGAUACGGAUGAAGGUACACAUAGGAUGAUAUCACGGGGCCAUUACGCAUCUCAUAUACGCCAUCAAAAGUCUGAUGAUGGAAAACCGCAAACUUGGGACGAUUUGCUAACUGUAGAAUUCAAAAACCAACCAAAGGCAAAGCAUCAUCAUACGGGCCAUAGAAAUCGCCGGCCGACUAUGAAACAUACUCAUGGUCAUUUACCAGCACUAUCAGGGCAGAUGGGACACAAUACCCCGCACCACCAUACACAACUUGCUCAAAGAAAUGUCAAGCACAGAAUAGGUGAUUCCCCUCAUAUUCCAGUCAACAAAAUGAGUCCAUAUGAAGUACUUGUACCAGACAGAGUGAUGGUGUGUGAACGAAAACCCGCCCCAUGGCAACUCAUCAAUAACAAAACAAAAAAUGAAGAUGCCGCGCACAAAAAAGAAAAUGAGAAUAUAAAACAAAAUCAUAAAAUAGGAAAAGGAGAAAGCAAAAAUAGAGGGCAGGAACAAUGUAAAAAGAUAUACAGGAAGGUAAUUGAAUCAACAAAUGAGGCAUUAACACAACAGAAAAAUGAGAUGCUGCUCCUGGCGAGACACAAAAUGGCCACGUUCGACGAAACUCCUGUCAUCAACUCCCUUUUCCAGAAUCACAGAACUCGAAUGGAAGAUGCUAAAAGUUAUUUGAAGUGGUUCACCUCUGGACUUGAAGAGGUAUCUGUGGCACAGUGGUAUGUAGAACUUAAAGGCGAAUUGGAUCAAAUAAAGAAAAACCAACUGAAGUCUGGUGUUAAACAGUGUAAGACAAUGGUAGAAUUAGAGACGAAUAUGAAAAAAUUUGCAUAUGCAGAUAACAAAAACUUACCACGUGGCAGGGAAAAGUUGUGUCUAUUGGUCUAUUCCAUUCCAGCUGAGCUACUUUUCAAGCAUGAAAUGCAGAGCGCUCUACGGUUUGUGCAAAAGAACAUACUCCAUGCAAAUGAAAAGUGUAUAAAUAAAUGGCUAACCGACAGGAGAAUUCCAUUACAAUAACAUCAAUUGAUAUAAACACACAUUUAAUGAAGUGAAUUAUUUAAAGGUUAAUUUGCCCUAAAAUUGUAAGCUCACUAACGACAAUGCUAUCAUCCAAUAAACAAAAACAAAAAAACAAAGAGGGGUCUUGGAUACCCCAUUACAGUAAUCGUAACUAAAAUCGUAAACGGUAAAUGAAACAUUUUGAAAAUAAAGUCGUAAACGUUAAUUAACUGUCGAAUUGAAUUGACAUUUAUUACUUUGUAAGAAAUCUUAUUAAGGAUGACGAAGUAUAAUCACUGAUAUUAUCAAGAGAAGAAGCGUUACCGUUUAUUUCAAAAUGGCGAAGGGUAAGUGUCGAUUUCGAUAUUUUAGUAUAGUAUAGUACAGUAUUUUUAGUAGAGUUCCUAUGUCAUCUCAUGUGUGGACGCCACGUUCCAACGAAACUGAUGUUUCCGCCCAGGAGUAAUGUGAUUGCAUUAUACAGCAACGGGCAUGUCCGUUUUCACGAUGAUG